CUCGAGGACUUUUGCCAUCACCUUGAGGUCUGUGAGAGGGAAGUACCAGCUCCGUGGGGUAGGCGCGGCUGAUUCUCCAACUCCACUUGACAGAUGCGGACACCGGGGGCCAACGCCCGCUGCUCACACCGCGGGGAAGCGAAAGAGAAGGGAGUCAAGCCGGAUCUGAGUUUCCAGCUGCCCCGAGUGCUUCUGCGGGAGGCCACCGUUCUCCCAGCCGAAGAAGGUCCCCGGCCUCGGGGACCGGGGGCCGCUGGGCGGUUUCUCGGGGGACGGCGCCCUCUAGUGGUCCGCGUGCAAAAGCGAGAACGCCCGGCUGGCCCCUCUGGGCCCCGUGUUUGCUUUCUUCUUCCCGGCACUCCGCAGAUACUUUCCCAGCGCCUACUGAGCGCUCGCCGGGACACGCUAGGACUAACAGAGACGCGGUGGCUGCUUUGGCCGCAGAACAGAAGUUACAUACCCACGCGGAUGCAUUCGGUUGGCCAAAGAGGUGACUUUGGCAGGUUGCUGACGCUCUCUGUGAAUGCUUGGGGGCCCGCGCGCGGCAGCAAGAGGAGCUGCGACGCGGAGCCGGCUCACAACUGGGAAGAGUUACCCCGCUCGCCACAGCUAGAGCGCCCACCCACAGCCAUGAAGGCCCAGCUCUUGGGUGACCUCCCCAGGGAGGCCUCCCCCAGCACUGGCGCCUCUGAGAAGAGCCCUGGGGAGAGGGAGUAG